UGAUAAUAUAGUAUAAAAAAUAAAAAUGUCAGGAAAAACAAGAGAUUACUUUGGAACUUUGAAAUCAGUAUAUAGAUGUGUAAUAAUAGGCUGGAAGAACAGUGUUGAAAGAAGAUAGUGCUGGAGAUUGUAUAUAGCCAAUUCAAAAUUAAGUAAUGAUAGUCAGUUACGUAGGUAUUAGAGACUCCUCCUCAUAUAAAAAAAUAUAGAAAAUCUUAUAAGCAUUAAUAUGGUUGUUAAAUAGUAAUUUUGAUAUUAAAUUUUAGUUACAUCCUGGACUGGUAGAUGCACCAAAACCAUAAGGGAAUUGGAUUUAUGGAAAAAAGACAGAUUUAUCAGAUAAAGCUGGAGAAUUAUUUAAAUAAAAGCCAGAAGGAAUAAGAGAAUUAAUAAAUGAAAUAAAUGAAUAAAAAUAUGCAUCUCAUAUAAAAGAACCAUUAGGUACAAUGCCUUCAAGAAAUUAUAAUUGGCCUGAAGAAGCAAAGUCUGAUGGAUUUGCUUUUGGACAAAAGAUUCCACCUUCAGAAUAUACGGCAAAGGAGGUUGUAUUUCCACCAGAUGCUAAAAGAGAUGAGGAUAGAAUAAGAUUAAUGUAUUUAAAAAGUCAUGGAAAUUUUGAAGCUGGGGAAUAAAAAAACAGAGAAUAUAAUUGGAAUAUAAAUCCUAAUGAUUUUAGAUUUGGUAAGAAAGAAGAUAGAGAAUAAUAAUAGAUGAAGAAAAUAUUAUAACAUGAAUUAACUUAAAAUUAAUAUCCUAAAACAACUAUAAUAUAAAAGAAUUAAGAAGAUUGGAAGAAUUAUAAUGAAGAUCCAUUAGGUAAACCAAAAAACUUAGCAUAAUUAAAUCCAAGAAUGCCGUAAAUAUUUGGAGAGAUGAAAAAAGUUGAAUAGUGGACAGCUGGAUAAUGUAUAAAUGGUUAGCCUACUCAAAAGGAAGUUUAACAUGAUAUAGAUUUAGGAAAAGCAACUAAAUUUGGGUUUAGAAAUUAACCAAAACCAGGAGAUGAAACUAGAGCUUUUGGUGUACCUGCAAUAAGAAAUGAUAUAAUAAAAAAGGGAAUGAAAUCAGUAGCAGAUCCAUAGAAUUAUGGUGAUGAAGUACCUGCUGUUGCUUUACUAUUUCCUGAAAAAUUCUCACAUAUGGGAUUAUCAGAAUAAGAUUUUUUGAGAUUAAGAUGUAAAUAAGAAAUUAAAGACAUUUUUGAAUCUAUAGGUAUUAAAUAUGGGAUUGGCAAAUUUGAAGGCGUAUUUAGAAGGGCAAAAGAGAUAGUAAUUUAUUUAAAAUAAAUUAAAAGCAAAAUGCGUAUGAUGAGAAAGUAUCCGUAAAAGCAUUUUAAUUAGCAGUAUAAGAGAUGCAUUAUAUUGAUUGA